UGAUAUCUCUUCUCCCACAUCCUGGUCCUCGCAGCUGACCGGAAAUCAGCAGCCACACGCGUCUUCUUCCUCCGGCGUUUCUUGCCGCCAAGCAACCACCGCCUGAUAUCCUCCCCGCGCCCCAUUCUUGUCCGCUUCCCGCCGUGCGUGAGGCCUCCACGCAUCCCCCCUUGGCCGGAUUCUUUUCCUUUCACGGCCCCCUUCCUCCCACCGCCUACGAGAGGAGGGGGAGAGCGCGCGCCGGCUGCCACGCACAUACAGAGUAAAGAAAGUGGCUAUCGUCCAUGGCCCCCGCCGCCGCCGCCGCCGCCGCCCCGGUGGCCCCCGGGAACGGACGUCGCCUCGGCCGGCCGCGGGCGGGGCUGCGCCUCUACGCUGCGGCGGCGGGGGCGGGGGCGGGGGAGGGGCCGUCGUGCCUCUACGUCGGGCCCAUCGAGACCGCCAGCCAGGAGAUGCUCGAGGCGCUCUACCGCCAGGCCAGGGAUUCCUACUACAGCGGCCAGCCUCUGAUCGUCGACGACAUGUUCGACAAAGUUGAGUUGAAGCUCCGGGUCUACGGCUCCCCAUCGGUCGUAAAAUACCCCCGCUGCAGCCUCAAGCGACAGUCGGCGUACGCGGACGCCGAGGAGGACCACUCGAUGUUUAUGGCACUAUCGAGCAUCUGGACGCUGCUGCUCCUGUUCGGUACCUCGGCAUUUCUGGUCCCGAGCUUCUACACUCUGAGCCUGGCGUUCGGGGACGCGUUCGGAGCAAGGUCUCUCUUCUCCGGCGCUAAGUCCCUUGACGGGAUAACCAGGGUGAACCACAUGGUUUUGAUUGGAUUAGGCUAUCUGAUUGGCUAUCCGGUUGCAUCCGCAUCAGUUGGUGCACUGCAAGGCCUGUUGACAAACAAUGUGGUCGCACUAAAAGGCUCUUGCCCCAAUUGCGGUGAGCAGGUCUUUGCAUUUGUGAAGACAGAUAAAUCCAUUAAAGCACCCCACAAGGCAGAAUGCCAUGUCUGUGAGUGUCCAUUGGAGUACCGUACUAAAGUCGAGAGAUCGCUGUCUGGGCCUAGAAGAAGCUGGGUUUAUGGCCGGGUUUAUAUGGUGAAGCAAGGACAUCCUAGGAAAAGGAGAUGGAUAAAAGACUAGAAACACAGUGAUAGCUCUUGAAGAAAGAGAUCCAUAUCUGUUGUGUUCUUAUCUGCUGAAAGCCUGAAACGCCUCCCGAAGAUGGUAGCCUUGUUGCUCUGUAGUGCAUAUUGCCUUUUUUCCAAUGUUCAACCACGCAUUUUAUAAAUCUGUACAUUCUUCCCGAGAUAUCCAAACUCUGCAGAUGAACAGACGAUACAAAUAUUGGCAAUGCUCACCUAGGUCUGCUUAUCAAAUAUUUUCUCAACUACUAGAAUUGGAUUCGCCUAAUUGAUGUGAAGUGCUUGAAAGAUGCUUAA